AUGAAACCUGUCCAGCCACCGGAUUGUGAGAGGAAACCUUUCAUAGCUGCCUGGAGACCAACAGACCUGUGCUCCCUGAGGUAUGACGUCGUACUGAACCUGGAAAUAUUCCAUCUCAUUGGAAGCCUAUUAGCUAAACCAAGAAGGCAGAAUGUGACCAUAUUUUAUUUUAAUAGGCUUGGCUAUUAACCUUGGUACACAUCACAGGAAGUCCCUGUUAAUUGUGGCUUAUUCCAGAACUUCAGCUUGCAAACUCAUCUGCUUAAAAAAGCUGGCCAUGACAUUAGCUAUCACACCCGCUUCAGUAUAUUAGCUGUCAUAGACUGGGAAUACUGGAGGCCUCACUGGGCCUGCAACUGGGAUGCAAAAGAUAUCUACAGAAGAAAGCAUAGGGAACUCACAACCAAAAUGGAAAGGAAUAUUUCAGCAAAAUAUGUUGAACAUUUAGCCAGACUUUCCUUUGAAGAAAGUGCAAAAGCUUUUAUGAAGGAAACAAUUGCAUUAGGCAUGAAAAGCAGAGCAGAAGGCCUUUGGGGAUACUAUUUAUACCCUGACUGUCACAAUUACAAUUUCCGUGAUCAGAACUAUGCUGGUUCCUGCCCAGAGUGUGAAGUUUUGAGGAACAAUGAACUUUCCUGGCUCUGGGAUAGCAGUGCAGCCCUGUAUCCUUCCAGCAUUAAGAAAUCCCUUGGAAACAGUCAAAACAUUUUGCACUUUUCCCAGUUUAGGGUGAAUGAAUCCCUAAGGAUUUCCUCCAUGACAUCCCAAGAUUAUGCUUUGCUCAUAUUUCUGCAUACUUAACUAGGUUAUAGAGAUGAACCUUUAUUAUUUGUCUUUAUGCAACAUCUUAUUAACACUGUUGGAGAGAGUGCUCUGGGAGCUGCAGGCAUUGUUAUUUGGUGACAUAUGAAUUUAACUUCUUCAGAGAGUAAACACAUAAAAGUACAAAAUUUUGUUGAAUCAGAAUUAGGGCCCUACCUGAUCACUGUCACAGAAGCAGCUGAAGUUUCUAGGCAUCUUGGUCAGGACAAUGGACAAUAUGUGUGAAGAACCUCAAGACCCUCAACAUAUCUGCCUAAGAGCUUCUGGAUAGAUGUGUUGGAGGACCAAGGAUUUACUGUGAGAGGAAAAGCAUCAAAUGAAGACCUGGAAAUAAUGGCAGAGACAGUUGUCUGCCACUUAGCAGGUUAUGAAGAAAGUAACUGUGUGGAAGUUACAGUUGCUGAUGACCACCCAGGGAGCUCUGCAGACUCUGUCCCACCCAGAAGAUCUGCAGUGAUCUGCCUGCUUCCUUUGCCUUUGACAGGUCUUUUAUAA